AGUUAUUAGAGGAAUGCAAUCAAGAGAAUUACAUAAAACAUGUAAAAAAAGAUCUGCUUGAUAAGAAGCAGCAAUGGGUGAAAUUAUUUAGGAAUGAUAUCAUUUCAAGAGGUCAUAACACCAAUAACUAUGCUGAAGCUACAAUAAGAAUUUUGAAGGAUAUCAUACUUACCCGUACCAAGGCCUUCAAUGUCACCGCUAUGGUGGAGUUCGUUGCUCAUAUUUGGGAACCAUAUUUUGAGUCUCGCCUGCUUCGAUAUGCCUAUGGUAGGGAGUCUGGCCCUUUGCUUCGCUUUGAGGAACUGUCCAGUAGAAUGCCUGAAGGAGCCUUUGAGCGGGUUGAAUGUGUAGAGGGAUGCCUCUACAACGUCCCCAGUGGUAAUGAGAAAACCCCUGAUUUAUUCUAUGAGGUGGAAACGUCAGUUGGAUGGUGCAGCUGCCCUAUUGGUCGGUCAGGUGCUAUGUGUAAGCAUCAAGCCCUGCUCUAUGAGAAAAUUGGUGGAGCCUUUCCUAACAUGCCUGCCAUCAACUGUGUUGGAAGAUAUGAAUUAGGAAAGCUUGCUCUUGGAGAGAGCUGCCCACAAUUCACUUUCUUUGUAGCUGUGAAUGAAACUGUUCCAGAGGAAUAUCUGGCAUUAAUAAAUGCAAGUGAUGAAAAUCAAAAUUUAGUUUUAGACCUGGAUCUAGAUGAGAUGAUGUCACAGAUGGCAGACCAGGCAAAUGAUAUUACUCAAAAUCAAUUGGAAUUUGACUUUACUGAAGAAACAUCCAAUGAGCAGGAAACAACUAACAGCAUUGAUGCUGACCAACUUGACCAAGACAUUCAAAAUGUAGUAGAUGAGUUAGCUGGAGAAAUAAGGCGUGUCGCUGCCUUGGCCAAAAAGAGCUCAUCUGACCUAGACUCGCAUAAAAGAACACUUCAAAGACUUGUGCAACGUUUGCGAAGGGCAAAAACUCCCAAUCAAGCAACAACUACAAUAAUUUCUUUGAAUGCAAGAGCAAAUUGUUCCUCCAAGAAAAGUUGGAGAAUUAAUGUUCAACCUACUGCAACCUCACGCAGACGGCCAGAACUUGGACGAGGUUGUGCUAGAGUAGAUAGUGGAAAGCCACCAGCUAAAAUGCCUGUGGCAAAGAGGUCUAGGAAACCGAAGCAUAAAUUCUCUAACAGUGUUGCCCGAAACAAAGCUCACCCAAAAGGCCAUGGCCAUUAAAUGUUUUUAAUUGUUUGCUAUAGUUCAGCAUUUUAUGUUAUGUAUUUUUAACUUUUUAAAAGCAUAAGUGACCACUUUUUAAAUUAUAUUUUAUAUUUUUAAUG